CUUCGUUAUGUAGUUGUUGCUUUCCAUCAUAGCUGUUGCGAACUAUUUUCUGGUCUUGGAGGCUUUUAAUCAAUUUAUAGAAGGUUUCUGACUCUGGCCGCUCACCAUGCCUCGGUAUUACUGCGAUUAUUGUGACACCUACCUGACACACGAUUCUCCUUCUGUUAGAAAGCAGCACAAUGCGGGCUACAAGCACAAGGCAAAUGUGCGUUCCUAUUAUCAGCAAUUUGAAGAGCAACAAACGCAAAGUUUGAUUGAUCAGAGAGUCAAGGAGCAUCUUGGGCAGACUGCAGCAUUCCAGCAAGUUGGUGCAGCAUACAACCAACAUCUCGCUUCUUUUCAAGGUCAGAGGCCCCGGCUCCCAAUUCUACAAGCGCCUAUCAUGCCAAUGACAGGAACUGCACCUGUGAAUGCACCAUUGAUCCCAGGGAUCAGACCUCCUGUUUUGCCAAGGCCUGUUUCCGGUGCCCCAGGUUAUGGGGCUCCUCCAAAUAUGCCAUCAAUGAUGGGGCCACCUAGCGCAACUUCCUUGCCGAUGCAAAUAAAUGGUCUGCCAAGGCCUCCAAUGGUGAAUCCCCCAGCACCUGGGAGCACGGCCGCACCCACUUCAAAUGGUGCCCCUUCUAUGACUACACCACCUAUGUAUCAAGCCAAUCCUACAGCCCCAACAAGUGGAGGUUUCGAUAGUUUCAACAUGAAUGCUGCUUCCAAUUUGCCGAGAACAGCUUCCAGUGGAACUACUGCUCCUUCAACAGCCCCUAAUGCUUCACCGGAUGGGUUUACUUACUCUCAAGCUUCUGAGGCCAGUCAUUAGUCAAAUGGUUAUCCGAGUGGAGAAUCGAUGUUCGGUUUUCUGGCUUUCUCAUCUGCUGGGGAUGACCAGUGGUCUUCAAAUAUACCAACUAUGAUUCAAGUUUCGUGUUGCUG